CACGCUUUAUUUUGAAAGUACAAACCGGAAAUGGCAGUGUUCGGCUAGCCUGGCUACAUGCUACAUCAUGGAUGUAGAAUCAUACAGUGCUAAUAUGACGCUGCGUUGAUGCUCCCAUCUUAUCAUCUGGUGGUCUGAGGCUCGAUUUAUUCAAAUUGACAUUGGCUCCACCAUGGCGGAGCAUUUCCACCUGAACACGCCGCUGCUGGAGAGCGUCAGCAUGUCCAGACAGACGGGGACCGCCGUCUAUUUGAAGAUGGAGAAUUCACAGCCCUCUGGCUCCUUCAAGAUCCGAGGCAUUGGACAUAUGUGCCGGCAGCUCGCCACACAGUCCAAAGGAGUUGUCUGCUCUUCAGGUGGUAAUGCAGGUAUGGCUGCAGCCUACGUAGCCAGAAAAAUGGGUGUCCCUGCCACCAUCGUGGUUCCCUCCUCUUCUCCUCAGAUGGUCAUUCAGAAACUGCGGGAACAGGGUGCUGCCGUCCAGAUCGUAGGGAAGGUUUGGGAUGACGCAAACGCAGAAGCUCUCAGACUGGCGGAAACUGAAGGGCUCACCUAUGUCCCUCCGUUCGAUCACCCCCUGCUGUGGCAGGGCCACGCCAGCGUGAUCUCCGAGGUCGCGGCCUCUCUGGGUACCAGUGUGAAGCCUGGGGCCGUGGUGGUGUCUGUGGGCGGAGGGGGGCUCCUGUGCGGAGUCGUCCAGGGCCUGAAGGACGCAGGCUGGGCGGACGUGCCGAUUGUCGCCAUGGAGACGGUGGGGGCGGACUGUUUUAACGCCGCCGUUAAGGCAGGGAGGAGGGUCACUUUGGACGACAUCACCAGCGAGGCUAAAUGUCUGGGCGCAAAGACCGUCUGCCAGCGGGCAUUUGAAUACAGCCAGUGCAGCGAGCUUACCAUCAUCUCGGAGCUGGUGACGGACCAGCAGGCUCUGCGUGCCGUGGAAACAUUCCUGGACGAGGAGCGUGUGCUGGUGGAGAUGGCAUGUGGAGCAGCACUAGCAGCUGUGUACAGUGGAGUUAUAUGCAGAUUACAGGAUGAAGGUCGCCUGCCGAGCCCCCUGGGCCCCCUGCUGAUGAUCGUGUGCGGUGGCAGCAGCGUGAACAUGGAGCAGCUGACCUACCUCAGAAACAAACUACGGACCUAAGCUACUAAUACCCUGACAACUAUUCGUCUGGAUCAGUCAUUCUGCCCGGAGGUGUUUACCUUCACCAGUGACACAGUUGCUUUUCCUUGGGACACGAGACGAAUGUAAUAAAUAUGUAAGGCCGUGAAAUCUUUGCACACAUAGAAAGUAUGUUCAUCCUGAAUAUAUUUUCCACGAAUAAGUAAGACGCCCACGAGCGGGCUGUGGCCUUCAUUUGACAUCUGUGUAUUCUUAGACUCUUGUUGCUAAGAAUCCUUGUCGUUUCCCCCAGAGUGAACAAAGUGAAUGUAAGCAAAUUGAUAUAAGUCAGUGUGUUGUGGUUAUGAAACACCGUCUCGCUCUCAUUCAUUUGCAAUGUGCGGGUUGAAAAUGCACGUAGUCGAACCUGCUCCUUUUGAAAAACCAAUUUUUCCCAGCAGCAGUGGGCUGAUGAACUGGGUGAUUCCCAUGAGUCGCGGGCUCUGUUCUCACCGCAAGGUCACACACAGACGCAGCAUGACUGUAUCGCCAACGCUCGUCUCUCACAGCAGCCACGGAAACAGAGGAAGAUUCCGAUCUGAAAGUUGAAUCUCGCGAAAUCAGAGAAUAGUCUUAAAUCCUCCACCUGUUCAGAUGAAUCUGAGUGUGAUUCGGAGCCGCCGGCAGACGGGGGAGCUAAUGGACGUGCCAGCCCCAUUUCUAUGACAACCGGAAGGAGCCCAGCAGAGGGCAUUUGAGCAGAGCUGCAGCUAAAAAUAGGACGGAGUAAACAAGAAUGAAUGGAGAGGAGAGGAGGGGGAAACAGUGGACGUCUGCGUUUAUGUGUCUAUAGGCACUUGCAUGCGUUUACAUGCAUGUUGUAGCCCAAAUGCUGUUGCUAUUUUUUCAUAUUGUACGUGAUUUUUUUUUUCCCCCUUGUCUUCAGAAGCCAGACUCUUCAAUUUUAAAGUAAUCUCUUGAAAAACGUCUGGCGCAAAAUCAAUAUGUUGUUUGCCCGUUGAUGUUUUAUGUAACAUUUUCAGCUUUAGAGAGCCAAACCUCCCUGCCCACAACUGACCACAUCAAAAUAAGAUCAAAUCACUAUUGUCAUUUUUGAAAAAUAUACAUCCCAUUCCAAACACAUCGAGGCAAACACAAUGCAGGGAAAAAGACUGUUUGUGUAGAAAAUCCACAUUAUUUAAUUGAGAUUUGUUUUUUCAAAAUGAAUGAUUCAUUUUAGAAUAAAAUAUGUUAAAUAUGAUGAUAGUGAUGAAAAAUAACAUCACGUGAAGGUCAUGGUAAGAGGGCAAGCAUGAUGGGCCAAGCUUACAUUUGAAGUCAGCAGUAUGAAUCUAACGUGUUUUGGUAAUUUCUUCUUUUUCUUUUUGUAAAUUUACAUAAUGCAAACAAGUGGAUUAGAAUGUUGGCUAUAAUAUGCUUCUCUGUAAUGGUGAGAUUUGCUAAAGUUUUAAAACUUGUUCUUUAAAAUUUGUAACAGGCCUACUUCUUUUUCAUUUAGAGUCACCGUUAAGGCAUUAGAUGCAUCUUGUGAUUAGAUGAUGCCACAUAUAGUUUAUGAACUAGAAUCUAGUUACUUAUCUGUUAUGGCCUUGUUUAAACAUGCUGUUGCACACAGUUUCUGUUUUAGUUCAGUCUGCAUCUCGUGAUGCUGCAGGGAAGAUGUCUCGGGUAGAAAAUGAGAAAAAGACAAAACUUUAAUGAUUGUUUUCAUCCAAUCAUUUACAUGAAUCCAUUAUUUGUGAACUUUGUGUUGAAUGAUGCAACUUGCUUAGUUGCGCAAAUGAGAAAAGAAAAAGACAUCUCAGGUCAUAGGAGAGUUAAGAUGUGUUUAGUUAAGAAAGUUUCCAUGAUGUUAGUUUUCAUCACUGUCUUCUGGUAUAGCUGGUAGAGCUUCGCGGGUUACACCAAAUUUGAGUAAGGCGAGGAAUCUGUGGGGGACAUGGCCAAGGCAUAACGAUUUCCUUUCCCCUUCCCACAGCAUUUGAUCGGUCACCCUCCUAUUAGUUAUGUAAUGCUAUUAAAAAGUCAUGUUGGAUUAUAUUACAAAGUGAGUUUUUUUUUUCAGAUAUGUGCCUCGUGUACAUAUAGCUCUCAGUCUCCUCUUUCAUGUGUAUCUUUCGGUGAAUCACAAAUCCCACGCCAGGUGCACCCCAAAUGCUGUAACACACCGCUCCGUCCGACUGAAAAUGAGCUUUCUAAAAUUAGAAGCGGAACAGAAUGAGGGGUAGAUACACGGUGUGUUACGAAUGCCUCGGCUGGAAUGACAUGUUCACAGGGAAUGACAGGGUAGAGCUCAGCAACUGCUGCAUGUAUCCAUGGAAACCAUCGUGACAGCAUGGGACUGAGCUUAAUGGGCUUUUAUAUGUUCUAUUGCAACAGGUUCUUAUUAGCAUCCGCACAAUACGGCAGCUGCGCGUUCUCAGAGGCAGAAAAAGAAAGUGCUGAAAUAUUUUUUGUACAAUGGAGUGGCCUGUAUUUUUUUUUUUUUUACAUUUUUAGGCAGUUGAGGGAUGAAGAUAAGUAAGUCAAUAGAAUUUUUCAUGACUUAGGAAGACUGCAGCAGCAGCAGGAGCUUAAUUAGAAUGUGAUCAGAUAGAAAUGAAUGACGAUUUGAUGGACCAUCAGGAAACGGGGGGGACUAUGGCAACGCUGAGAGCGAUUUAGAUCAGACAAGUACUGAAGGUCAAUAAUCGAAUCACUAGAUAACACAUGCAGCUUGUGACUUGUGUUUGUGCUGUAUCAGUAAUGUUAAAAGCAAGGUCGGGCACCAAGUGGGAAUGUGCAACUUGUUGGACUUAAUGUAAAAUAAAAGCAAUAUUUGAAUGUUCUCUCUAACUUUGACUAUAUUAACACUGCUGCUGAGCAGUGAGUAGACACUCUCGUUAGCAAAUGAUGCCUGCUGCACGCUGUAUGAUCAUUUAAUCCCUGUUCUGUCUUUGAUACCUGACCUUUCUUCAAGUGUCGACAAAUCAGUUGUGGACAGUGUGGCUUGUCAGUGGCAUUCUGCUUAUUUUUU